UUUCCAGUGAUCACUCUUGUACAGUCAGUCGCCAUAGCUGGUGGGUUCCCUCUGCUUCCCGUCUUUUUUUCUGAAGACCUAACACAGCGAAGAUGUCGUCGUCGGAGCUGCCAGAGGAGAACCCCAUCUACGGACCCUUCUUUGGUGUCAUGGGGGCAUCGUCAGCAAUCAUAUUUUCCGCGUUUGGGGCGGCCUAUGGCACCGCCAAAUCUGGCACGGGCAUCGCUUCGAUGGCUGUGAUGCGGCCCGAGCUGAUCAUGAAGUCCAUCAUCCCCGUCGUCAUGGCGGGUAUCAUCGCCAUUUACGGGCUAGUCAUAGCCAUCCUCAUCGCCGGGCAGAUUACAGAGCCCACAACGUACUCCCUCUACAAGGGCUUCAAGCACCUGGGCGCCGGGCUGUCGGUGGGCUUCUGCGGGCUGGGCGCCGGCUUCGCCGUGGGCAUCGUGGGCGACGCCGGGGUGCGCGGCACGGCGCAGCAGCCCAGGCUCUUCAUCGGCAUGGUGCUGAUCCUCAUCUUCGCCGAGGUGCUGGGGCUGUACGGCCUCAUCGUCGGCAUCUUCAUGUACGCCGACUAGCGCCGCCGCGCACCUAGUCCACCCGGCAGGGCGCCCUCGCGGGCCACCGCUCCUCUUUUGUGGCCCGCUAGGGUAGCCCCCUCAACAAAACAUGGGUCUCUCAGGAAAACGCCGGGACGUGCGUCUCAAAAGUUUUGCCUCCACUGAGGUACAGUGACGGUGAACUCUUUUAACUGUAGAAGAGAACCACCAGAAACGAAGAACCAGAUUCUGCACCUCGUAAACAGCAAUUGCAAAGGAGGCAAAGCUUUUCAGGGCACCAAAAUUUUAAUAUUUUCUUUGCUUGUCUCUUAUCUACUGCAUGCAAUGAGGACGUUCCACGGUUAGGAAUGAAACAUGCCGAACAUUGUAUCCAGAUAAAGUACAAUUUUGUUCUUUGACUAUAACUAUCUAAAUACUUAAAAUGAAAAUACAAACUCUGACUGUUCAUAAACAAACUACUGUAGAACUUUCAAAGUUUGUUCUUAGGUUUUUUAGUUCAAUAAUAUGAAUUAUACUACUCGUUUAAAUUAUUUGUCGUCGAUAUUAUUGUUCUGAUAUUUAAUGUCUCACAAGCCGGAAAUGGCACUCACCUCCGACGACGAGAAAUAUUGUAAAUAGUGUUGUACAUAAGAAAAAACUAUACAUAAAAAUAAUAAAAUUA